CCAUGGCACUUUCAUCACGCAAUAUUCUAUUAUUAACACCAACUUCUAUUUUUCAGUAAAAUAUGUGAUCAUUUUUUAUUUGUAGGAGUAUGUCAUUUCUUUUGAACAAAAAGUUAUAUUUCCUGAUUUUUUUAUUUUUUAUUAUUUCUAUAUUGAUUUUUCGUUUUCCAUAAAACAUGUGUCAUGAUUUCUAUAUAAUCUUCGUUAUACACACAUAAUUUUAUAAACAGACAAACACAUAGAACUUGAAACUAGAAGCAUCAAUGGAAGAAUCACAUCAAGAAACACAAGACCCAUCGCAAGAACGAGAAAAAUGUUCAUAUAUUCAAUAGAGUCCUGAAAAAAAUAAAAAUUUGAUCAAUUUACUUUUAGAUGAUGUUGCUCGGGUUUGCGUGACAAUAAUGGCACAUUCAGCAAAUUUACGGUGGAGAAACACAAGAUCCAUCGCAAGAACGAGAAAAAAGUUCAUAUAUUCAAUGGAGUCCUGAAGAAAAUAAAACUUUGAUCAAUUUACUUUUAGAUGUUGUUGCUUCGGGUUUGCGUGACACUAAUGGCACAUUCAGUAAAUUUACGGUGGAGAGGCGAAUUCUAUCUACUCUCAAUCGAAUGCAUGGAUGCAAUAAAACCUACCAACACUACUCAAACAGAAUGAAGAUCUUGAAAACAAAAUAUCUAAACACGGCUGAAUAUCUAAACAAAAUAUGAAUGUGUUUUACUUUUUAUAUACUUUGUUUUAUUAUAAAGCUGAAUUUAUUGCAAAUCCAUUUGAUUGAUUUUAAUAAUCCAUUUAUUUUGAUUAUGAAUUCCGUAUGUUUGAUUUCAAAAUCUAUAUGUCUGAUUUAAGAAUCAACAGAUUUCUUAAAUCCUAGAAGAAUUCUCAAAUCCAUUAAAAUAGUAGAACCAAUAACCCUUACUUAGACAGGAUUACAAUUUAUUUUUCCUUUAAUGACACACUUUGAAGUUUUGGAUAUUUUGGUUUUAGCAUUGGAGAAAGAGUGAAACCCCGAUUCGGUUAAAUCUUUUAAUCGGUGGACCAAAUUACAUUUGAAUCUACUAACAAGGUUGACCCAAUAAACUUCAUUAAUACUGAAAACGAUGCUUAUUAAAUGUAGUAGGAGAAGGCGGGGGAUAUUCGUUGAAAAGGAAAAGUGUAUUUAUGAGUUUCUCACACGUUUAGGCGAUUUUCAAAGUCAACUGUUAUGUAUUUCCGGCUUCUUUUUAAUUUAUAAAAAUUUCUUUAUUUUUUCAAUUUUUUUGGAAUUUAAAGAUCGUUUUAAUUUUUUAGAAAAUUUUGGAAGAGUUUUUAUUUUUUAAAAUGAAAAAUAAAAUUUAUUUUCAAUUUUAAUUUCAAAACUAAUUUUAUAAAAAUCUUCUUUAUUUUUUAAUUUUUUUGGAAUUUUAAAGAUCUUAUUAAGUUUUUAGAGAAUUUUUUAUAUUUAAUAUGUACUAAAUAAAUGUAAACAUGUUAGUAAGUACAUUGAAAGUGCUAGUAGUCCAGUGGUUUAAUACCUUACCAUUUGACCAACCAACCUGGGUUUGAAUCCAGAGGUCUACAUAUUUUUAAUUUCAAAUCAUGUAAAACGACGUCGUUUCAUCUCAUUUGAAAACGACGGUGUUUUUUUGGUCAGCCCAAAAAUUCAGGUUUCUUUUGGCAAUUCGUGCAAAGUUCUCAUUUAAAUACCCUUGUCUCUCUCAGUUUACACAAUCGGAGUAGCGCGAAUCUAUGAUGCCUCUUUCACCUGAUCAAUAGGUUUUUUUUGUGAGUAUCAAUCAUAUCAUACGUUUGUUCAUCAGAAUAUCAAAUGUAAUUUUUCUUUGGUGUAAUGACUGUCCUUUUUUUUUGUUAAUUGACGUGCUUUGGUAAUAGUAUUUAAAAGAGUGACAGGCAAGGAGGUUUCAAAGGUUUUUUGUACACGAUCAGCACAACAACAACAACGUCAAAGAGUAGUAAUUUUGUAUUCUCCAUCGCACGAUCACCACAAUAACAACAACGUGUAAUAGACCAACCAAAACCAAUUUUUUCCGUUUUGGGAAGAAGAAGAAAAAAAAAAACAAAGAAGAGGAAGCGACGAAGGAGGAUCGUGCUGCUGUUUCCCUGUGAAAACGAUGCAACAUUUCGCUAAGCUCGAUGAUUCGCCCAUGUUUCGGCAACAGAUGCAAUGCAUGGAAGAGAGUGCGGAGUCGCUACGAAUGCGAUGCUUAAGGUUCUACAAAGGAUGCAGAAAAUACACGGAGGGACUUGGAGAAGGGUAUGAUGCAGACAUUGGCUUUGUAAAUGCUCUUGAAUCUUUCGGUGGUGGCCCUGAUGAUCCCCUCUGCGUUGCUUUUGGCGGUACCCACCCUCCCUUUCUCUUUCCCUCACUGUCUCUUAUUAGUAAUCUAAAAACUCUGCAUUUUACUUCUCCUUUAGGUCCUGUAAUGACAAAGUUCACUAUUGCUCUACGAGAAAUUGGGACAUACAAGGAUGCUCUUCGUUCCCAGGUAGAACAUAUGCUGAAUGACAGAUUGCAUCAGUUUGUCAAUGUUGAUGUCCAAGAAGUUAAGGAAGCACGUAAACGGUUUGACAAAGCUUCCAUCGUCUACGACCAGGCACGAGAGAAACUUCUUUCAUUAAGAAAGAGUACAAGAUUGGAUGUGGCUGCCACCAUCGAGGAGGACUUACAUAGCGCAAGAACAGCAUUCGAGCAAUCCCGGUUUCUUCUGGUUAGUGCACUCUCUCAUGCGGAAGCUAAAAAGAGGUUUGAGUUCUUGGAAGCAGUCAGCCGGACAAUGGAUGCUCAUCUCCGUUUCUUCAAACAGGGAUAUGAGCUACUGCAUCAAAUGGAGCCUUUUAUUAAUCAGGUGUUGACUUAUGCACACCAGUCUAGAGAAUGUGCAAACUAUGAAACGGCAUCACUUAAUGAAAGGAUGCAAGAAUACAAAAGGCAAGUUGAUCGAGAAACUAGAAACUCAAAUGGUUCUCCAACAGGGGAUGGCAUGAGACACAACUCAAGAAACUCUCAAAAAGUCAUUGAGGCCGUCAUGCAAUCUGCUGCAAAAGGAAAGGUUCAGACUAUAAGACAAGGGUAUCUGUCUAAACGUUCCUCAAACUUGAGAGGUGACUGGAAAAGAAGGUUCUUUAUUCUUGAUAGCCGUGGCAUGCUAUACUAUUACCGCAAGCAGUGGAAUUGGUCUUCAGGAAAUGGAAGCAGGUCUGCUGCUCAGAAGAAUACGACUUCAGAAAACAGUCCUGGUCUGCUAAGUCGGUGGUUGUCUUCUCAUUAUCACGGUGAUGAAAAACCAGUCGCACGUCACACUGUGAACCUGCUUACCUCAACUAUCAAAGUUGAUGCAGAUCAGACGGAUCUAAAAUUCUGCUUUCGAAUUAUUUCACCUACAAAAGUUUAUACAUUGCAGGCAGAGAAUGCGCAAGAUCAGAUGGACUGGAUCGAGAAGAUAACUGGAGUUAUUGCUUCUUUGCUAAGUUUCCAGACACCUGAAAGAGCAAUCAAUCGCCUUUCUACAGUGGACGGAGAUACCUUCUCUGUGAGUGAUUCCGGUUCUGUAGCAGAUCCACAUGAUGUGGAGCAGGCAGAAAGUGGAGAAUCCACAGUGGAAAAUAAUCACAUGACUGGGGGAAAACGUUCGAGGUUCUCAGGGUGCUUGCAGCAACAUGAUAUGAUGGCAAAGCCAAUUGAUGUCUUGACCAAAGUAUUGGGGAAUGAGAAAUGUGCAGACUGUGGUGCUCCUGAACCUGAUUGGGCCUCUUUGAAUCUCGGUGUCCUCAUAUGUAUUGAAUGUUCUGGUAUACAUCGUAACCUUGGUGUCCACAUUUCAAAGGUCAGAUCGCUCACGCUUGAUGUUAAAGUAUGGGAACCAUCGGUCUUGACGUUGUUUCAGUCGUUAGGUAACGUAUAUGUAAACUCAGUGUGGGAGGAGUUGUUGAACUCAGAGAGUAGAUCUUCGGGCACUCCCAAGUCAGAUCAACCAAGAAAGUUUCUUGCAAGGAAGCCUGGUUUUAGUGACCCCAUAUCUAUGAAAGAGUUGUUCAUCCACGCAAAGUACUCAGAGAGGAUAUUUGUCCGCAAAGCAAUAGACAGUCAGCAUUUCCAGGCAGUUUUCCAAGAGAUUUGGGAGAAUGUGCGUGCUAACGACAAGAAAUCAGUUUACAAACACAUUGUCUGCUACCAAGCAGAUGUGAAUGCUCUACGUGGACAAGCAUCGUACACCGUGUCUUUACCCUUAUCAAAGAUGAUGGAGCUGGAGGUAAAGGAGGAAACCCUUGCAGCCAAAUUCAAGAGAAUCGAAGAGGAGUUUCAAGAGAAUCCAGAGGGCUAUUCUGACUCGACAGGGGAUGGGGAAAGUAUGGUCAGAGAAGAAGCUUCAAAGGACUGCUCUUUGCUUCACCUUGCUUGUAUUUAUGCGGAUAUUGGUAUGGUGGAAUUAUUGCUUCAGUAUGGUGCAAAAAUAAAUGCAACUGAUUCAAAAGGUCGGACUCCACUUCAUCAUUGUAUCAUCAGCAGGAGAUAUGCAAUUGCAAGGUUGCUACUUAUGAGGGGAGGAGAUCCAAACGCUGAGGAUAAAGACAGUUACACACCGGUCAAAUAUGCUUUAGAGACAGACCUCAAUGACAGCGAACUAAUUGCAUUAUUAACAGACUCCAGAAGAUGAUAAUAUGUGAUGAAAAAAAAAUAACCACUUUGCUUUUACUUUUUGAAAGCAGAAGACG